GACCUUGCGGGAGGGGCGGCCAGACGGACCCAUCGCCAUGCGGGGAGCGAGAGCGGCCCCCGGGCUCUGCCUGCGGCUUCUGCGCCAGCCCCCCCGCGGCUCUGGGGGGGCCCUGGCCCCGUCGUACCCCGGCCCCCUGAUCCCCUGUCUGUACAGCACCCAUGCUGCCGAGGCUGUGCUGGAUAAGGCUGGAGCAGGGACGGCUUCCCAGACCGUCUCCAAGACCAAGUCCGUCCUGGAGGAGUCAAAGUCUUUCGCUGUGGGGAUGUUCCAGGGUCGGAUGAGCAUGGAGCAGGUGUUCCCCUACCCCUCAGUGCUGACUGAGGAGCAGGCCCUGUUCCUGAAGGAGCUCGUUGGACCCGUUAGCCGUUUCUUCCAGGAGGUGAACAACCCGGUGGCGAACGACUCGCUGGAGCGGGUGGAGGACCGGACCAUGCAGGGAUUGAAGGAGCUGGGGGCCUUUGGGCUGCAGAUCCCCCCCGAGCUGGGGGGGUUGGGGCUGAACAACACCCAGUAUGCCCGGCUGGUGGAGAUCGUGGGGCUGCAUGACUUGGGUGUGGGGAUCACGCUGGGGGCCCAUCAGUCCAUCGGUUUCAAGGGGUUGCUGCUCUACGGGACGCCCCAGCAGAAGGAGAAAUACCUGCCACAGCUGGCCACAGGAGAGACCAUCGCUGCCUUCUGUCUGACAGAGCCAUCCAGUGGCUCGGACGCCGCCUCCAUCCGCACCACGGCCCGGCGCAGCCCCUGCGGCUCCUACUACACUCUGGAUGGGGGCAAGAUCUGGAUCAGGUUAAUGGGGGGGCUGGCCGACCUCUUCACUGUCUUUGCCAAGACCCCCAUGAAGGACGAGGCAACGGGUGAGGUGAAGGAGAAGAUCACUGCCUUUAUCGUGGAGCGAGCCUUUGGGGGGUCACCCAGUGAUGGCCCCCCCGAGAAGAAGAUGGGGAUCAAGGCGUCGAACACGGCUGAGGUGCACUUUGAAGGCGUGCAGGUGCCGGCAGAGAAUGUCCUGGGGCCGCUGGGCUCCGGGUUCAAGGUGGCCAUGAACAUCCUCAACAACGGGCGGUUCGGCAUGGCUGCCGCACUGGCUGGGACCAUGCGGGGCGUCAUCGGCAAGGCCGUGGAGCAUGCAGCCAAUCGCACCCAGUUUGGGGACAAAAUCCACAAUUUUGGAGCCAUCCAGGAGAAGUUGGCGCAUAUGGCUAUGCUGCAGUAUGUCACUGAGUCCAUGGCGUACAUGAUCAGCGCUAACAUGGAUCAAGGAGCAGCCGAUUUCCAGACGGAGGCAGCCAUCAGCAAAAUCUUUGGCUCGGAAGCCGCCUGGACGGUGACGGACGAGUGUAUCCAGAUUAUGGGGGGCACAGGGUUCAUGAAGGACGCAGGCGUGGAGCGGGUGAUGCGGGAUCUCCGGAUCUUCCGGAUUUUCGAGGGAACCAACGACAUCCUGCGGCUCUUCGUGGCCCUGAACGGCUUCCAGAACGCCGGGAACCAGCUGCGGGGGUUGCAGCGAGCCCUGAAAAGCCCUGUGAGGAACAUGGGGCUGCUGGCCCGGGAGGCCACCCGUCGUCUGCGCAGGAAAGCCGGGUGGGGAUCCGGGCUUACCCUGAGGAACGUGGUGCACCCCGACCUGGACCCCAGCGCCGAGCAGCUGGUGCACGGGGUCGAUCUCUUUGGGGCCACGGUGGAGGAGCUGCUGCUCAAAUAUGGCAAGAAAAUUGUGGAUGAGCAGUUUGUGCUGAAGCAGGUCGCAGACGGGGCGAUCGACCUCUACGCCAUGGUGGUGCUGCUGUCCCGGGCGUCACGCUCCCUGGCCCAGGCCCACCCCACCGCCCAGCAUGAAAAGCUGCUCUGUGAGACCUGGUGUGACGAGGCCUACAAGCGCCUCACGGCCACCCUGAUCCCGCUGAGCACGGACAGCGCCCGGCACACCUUCCGGCAGCUGCGGGGCAUCUCCCGGGCCGUGGUUGAGAACGGGGGUGUGGUCUCCCCCAACCCCUUGGGCUUCUGAACCCCAACACAUAGCUCCGCCUGGGACACAGUGACCCCAAACUGGUCCCUCCCUGAAGCGUCUGGGAAAAGGGGGGCAAAUAGUGGGGUGCUGUACCCCUUUCCCUUCCCCCAGUACGCCCAGCCUAAAAUGCUACCUCUGGGACGUAGCUCUUCUGCUGUGGAAAUGCCUUAACAUGCCCUGUUGGAGGAGGGGGGAAUGUCUGUUUCAAGGCUCCCCUGAGGAGUGGGGAAAUGUGUGUUUCGAGGCCGCUCUGGAGGAAGCGGAGGGAGCUGCCUUGUAGGAGGAGAGAAAUGUCUACCCUGGAGGAGGGGGGAACUGCCCAGGGAGGUGGAAUGUGUGUUUCGAGGCUCCCCCAAGGAGGGGGUAAAUGUCUGUUUUGAGGCAGCCCCAUGGAGGGAAAUGUGAGUUACAAGGUUCCCCUCUCCCCUGCCCCAGGGAUAGAUCUGAGCUUUAACCAGCCAUUGCUGCUUUAUAUUCCCCCAGCUGGGGGGCAGGGUUGCCCACACAUCUCGCACUUGUGGGAGAAAAGCGGGCACCCCGACACUGAUGCCCUCCAAGCAGAGGUGCCCCCAGAAAUGGGGCCACCCUGAUCCCAUCCAGUAUCAGCCCUACAGGGGAGCCUGACCCAGCUGCUGUUUCCUUGUUAAAAAUAAAUAGAAUAUUUUGGAUGA